AAUAUCAAUAUCGCGAGCAGAGAUCUGUUGAUACCAGGCCAUUAACACACCGCAAAGAAGAACAAACAGACAUGAACAUCCUCAGAACUGCUUCUAUCUGCUGAUUUGGCUGGGUUCUCUGUCCUCUCUUUCUUGGUGUCAUUUCUCGGGCUGCUUGUUUGUGGUUCGUGGCAUUUUGUCGCCCUGCUCUUAUUCACUCCCCGUCUUCUUCUUCAUCAUCGUCAGCAGUUCGACCUCGUCUGCUGCUGCAAUCCUCUCAUCUAUCCGGAGUGACCUCUUAUAGACUCAGCCGUCCUCACUUCCGCCAGCAUCUUCCUACACAUCAUGGCCCGACGACGCUCGCGCCCCUUAUCAAUCAUCGCCCUCAGCGGCAUCGCCAUCCUCUGCAUCAUCUACUUCCUCUCUUCCUCGCACUCCUCCUCCAAAGCCCGCGUGCGCCCGCCUCCCGCCCCCGGCGGCGCAAAAUCCAUCGUCCACCACCAGAUGGACGGCCUCACCAGCUCCUACCGCCCGCUCGCGCAUAAAGAACGCGUGCUAAUUCUAACCCCCAUCACGCGCUUCUACGACGAAUACUGGAACAACCUCGUCAACCUAAACUACCCGCACGAUCUCAUCGAGCUGGGCUUCAUCCUCCCGCGCGGCCGCGAAGCGAAUCAAGCCAUCCAGCGCCUCGACGAGGCCGUCAACGCGCUGCAGACCGGGCCGAAGAAGAACCGGUUUUCAAAAGUGACGAUCCUCAGACAAGACUUUGAUAGCCCGUUCUCGCAGAGCGAAAAGGACCGCCACGCGCUCAGCAGCCAGAAGGACCGGCGCGCGGCGAUGGCGCGCGCGAGAAACUCGCUGUUUUCGACCACGAUCACGCCGACCACAAGCUGGAUCCUGUGGCUCGAUGCCGAUAUCGUCGAGACCCCUGCCACAUUAAUCCAGGACCUGACCGCACAUAAUAAGCCGAUCGUGGUCGCAAACUGUUAUCAGCGAUACGUCGAUCACGGAGAGAGCAAAAUAAGGCCGUACGAUUUCAAUACGUGGCAGGAUAGCGAGGCCGCGCAGAAAAUGGGACAGAUGAUGGGCGAAGACGAUGUCAUUUUUGAGGGAUACUCGGAGAUGUCGACCCAGCGAAAACAGCUGGCGCACAUGUACGCACCCGGCAAAGACGUCAACGAAGAAGUCGCCGUCGACGGCGUAGGAGCCACCGCACUGAUGGUCAAAGCCGAAGUCCACCGCGACGGCGCAAUGUUCCCUUCCUUCCCAUUCUACCACCUGCUCGAGACCGAGGGAUUUGCGCGCAUGGCUAAGAGACUAGGGUAUCAGGCUUACGGGCUGCCGAAUUACCUGGUGUACCAUUAUAAUGAAUAAGCAAAGAAAAGAAAAAAAGAGGUGGUAGGGAAAGAUGAAAGUAUAUAUAUGAAUGAGAUAAACAGUGUAAAAGUAGGAGGACCGAAGAUUAGUUUAUGAAUGACAAUUAAUAGAAAUAAGAAAACAAAGUAUCAUCUUUUUUCAAUGUAAUUGAAGCUGCAACGGAACCAUCUGCUAUCACCAC